CCACCACCACCACCACCGCCGUGCACGCCGCCCGUCCAACCUGUUGUUAUUAGGUUCUGCCAUCCUUCCUCUCUGCGCAGCGUGAGCGUGCCUGCAUGCAUGCUUACCUUACCCGCCUUGUAACGUCUUCCUUUGCCUUGUCUCUGUCUGUCGAUCUCUUUGCCAGGGCGCCGAUCAAACAAACACCCGGUCGAGACACCCUACUUGCGUGGCAGGGACACGUGAAUCAUCCCGCUCCCUCGCUGCUGGCCGCCAGCGUGAAAAGAGACGGCUCGACCUACGACUGCGAGGACGAUUCUUCCCCCGAGCCCUUGAAUCCAGGCCAGAGACAUCGACGAGGGCGUACCUCCCACACACCACAGGCCACCGAGUGGUCUUCUUCUUCCUUCCCACGCCCAUUGAGCGACGCCGUCGACUACGUUUGGCGCACCAGCGAUUCACGCGCACCGCACCACACCGCACCGGUGACUGACAUAUAUACGCACACGGCGAGCUGGGAAAAGUGGAUGCUGUUGCGUACAGGGCAUCAACACCAUGGCGGAUCGCAACAGGGAGGCGGACGAGGGCGCCGAGGCUCUUGAUCCCGAGCAUCUUUACUCCAAGGAGUUUUGCAUCGGUGAGCACUUCUGCUGCCAUGGGAGCGGCCAGGGGUGCGCCGUGAAGAAGCUGACCUUGAGCUCUGUGAACAGGAGGGGGAAGCUUCGGCAAGGUCUUUAAAGGUGUCGACAAACGGACCGGCCAAGCCGUCGCCAUCAAGAUCAUCGACAUUGAAAACGCCGAAGACGAGGUCGAGGACAUUAUCCAAGAAAUCGCCAUCCUAUCUGAGCUGCAGUCGCCCUACGUCACCAAGUACUACGGCUCCUACGCCAAGGGUGCCGAGCUGUGGAUCGUCAUGGAGUUUUGCGCCGGCGGGAGCUGCGCCGACCUGAUGAAGCCGGGCCUCAUCGGCGAGGACUAUAUUGCCAUCAUCGCCCGGGAGCUGCUGAUGGGGCUGGACUACCUGCACUCGGACAAGAAGCUGCACAGGGACAUCAAGGGUAAGUCGGGAGCUGCUGCAUGGCGCACCAGGGCCCGUUGAACUGACAUGGAGGCAGCGGCCAACGUGCUGCUGGGCGCCGGCGGGCAGGUCAAGCUGGCCGACUUUGGCGUCUCGGGUCAGCUCUCGGCGACCAUGACCAAGAAGAACACGUUUGUGGGCACGCCCUUUUGGAUGGCGCCCGAGGUCAUCAAGCAGUCUGGUUACGACCACAAGGCCGACAUCUGGUCGCUGGGCAUUACCGCCCUCGAGCUGGCAAACGGCGAGCCGCCCUACGCCGACAUCCACCCGAUGAAGGUGCUCUUCCUCAUCCCUAAGAACCCGGCGCCCAGGCUAGAGGGCAACUUCACCAAGGCCUUCAAGGACUUUGUCGAGCUUUGCCUGCAGCGCGACCCCAAGGACCGGCCGACGGCGAGGGACCUGCUGCGACACCCAUUUAUCAGAAAGGCCAAGAAGACGACGUACCUCACCGAGCUGAUUGAGCGCCAUAGCCGCUGGGCUCUGACGCACAAAGGAGAGGAUGAGGACAACUGGGAGGCUGUCGAUGGCGGGGUGCCGACGGAGCGCGAAAAGAUGGACGAAGACAUGUGGGAUUUUGGCACGGUACGGCUCGUCGGCGAUAGAGGGGGUCUGGUCGGGCGGCCGGGGCUCAACGCUAUGGACGAGAGCGCGACGAAUGCCCGCUCCGUACGCCGGACGGACGGCCUGGACGACAUGGACGACCGGCGACGCGACGCGAGCCCGUCCAAGGCGCGAGACUUUGCCCUGCAACCCAGCGACACCCUCAAGGCGGCGAACCAAGGCACAUCUCGACAGGCGAGCCCACAGCGGAAGCCCAUAGCCCCCGGGAUCAGUUCGCCCACGAAGGUGCCGCUGCCGGCGAGCCCGAUGAAGACGGUGACGCGCGACGAACCUGAGACGCCGACUAGGGGAGCUGCGCCCAAGCCCCUGCCGCGGCAGCCGACGGGACAGUCUCCAGAGUAUGAUCGGGAGCUCCACGCCCAGCUACAGCGUGAUAUGGGAAUGCUGAACCUGGCCCUGGAGCCGACCCCGACGGCGUCACCGACCGGCGCGGCACAGCUGUCGACUGCAUCGGAGGGACCGGUGCCGCCGCCGCACAGUACCUCCACUCCGUCCCGGUCACCUAGCGGCCGGGCGCCGGUCAUGAUGAUACCGGAAAUCCCACCAUACAGAGGUCCUGCGCAACAGCGGGUAGCGUCACAGCAAGCCACUGGGCAGCGGACGCCGAGCGGGAUGAACAUGGCGCCGCCUCAGUCACAGUCGCCGGCUCCGUCAGAGACGUCUGCCGGCCCGUCGUCGUUCCCAUCACCGGCGCCGACCAACCCCAACGGCGAGCUGGACGCGCUCAACGACGUGAUAUUUCCCGCGCUGGAGGAGGCGCUCAAGAGACGCCAGGCUCGGCUGCAGCAGGCGUACGCGUUCCGACCGAACCAGGCGCCGGCGGGCAUCAUGGCGACGAGGCAGCAGCGCGCAGAGGCGUCUCAUGAGAAGCUGCGGAAGCUGGUAUACAAGCUGGCGCACGUGUGCAAGGAGAUUGAUACGUGCGAUAAGGCGGAGCCGGUGGGCAUGGGGCGCGACGUGGGCAGCUUCCUUGAGGGUCUCCUGGAGGAGAUUUUGGUGCGUGUCGAGCCUCUGGACGAGGAGGAGGGCGCUUGAUGGGGGGGGGGGGGGGCGGACUAUUCACUACUGCAUGAGGCGUUGUGAGGACAUAAGAGUACUUGUACUCGUCGACACGCGUGCGGCGUCGGCGUCUCGCGGCUGCGCGCGGGUUUGUACGAGAGCCAUUAGACGGACGGACGAGGCCCGCCUCGGUCCGGGUGGAGGCUGCGGGCCCGGGCUGGACGGGGGCCAUCGGAUCAGAGGGUACCUGGCUUACUGGGGUUGGGAACUGGCGUUGGAGUACGAAGUAGAGACUGGAGAGGCAACCCAUGGGUUUUUGGGUGCCAUCUUGGCGUCGUACAGGUUAUUGCAUGUAUAUACGAAGUACUUCAUAAGAAGUAGCCUCGCGCGGAAGUUGAAGAAGACGCUGUGGGCAUGACCGGAGCGAACAAAACAAGCG